AUGAACAAAGAUGCUGUGCAAAAUGAACGUGAACCACGCUCUGCAAGAAAUAAAAUGUUAUCGGUGCAUGCUGCUUCAUUACAUCAACAGCCGCGUAUGACAAUAUCAAUACACGAAUCGCCAAAUAAUCAAGCAAACAGUAGAUCUAAUCCACCUGAUAUUUCCUAUCGCCAGCCUUACCCAUUUAAUAGUUUAACUAAUAUCUACUAUCCGCCAUCACUAACAGUGUCACCAUUAGGCUAUAGUUCUAUACCAUCAACGCCAUCGACUACUGCACCCUUAUCAACAAUUCAGCCUAAUUUCUAUCAUCACUCAAGGCUUAGAUACCAUCCAAAUUCUAUAAUUCCUCCGCUACCAACAUCUAUGCAAGCAAACUAUUUAAUCGUUUCCAGUAGCUAUCGAAAUGCAAUCGAACUCUUAAACAAUGUCGUAAAAUGGGUCAAAUCUUCAUCACAAUUAAAUUGGUUAUUAUCGCGAGAUCUGAGUACUUUAAUAGAAUAUAACUGGGUUGAUUUAUUUAUUAUCUUCGCUAACCGUUGGAGAUUUACUUUCAAUACUGAGGAUAUUAUAGCAUCUCUUGAUCUCCAUUUCGAUGGUGCUGAUAUUAUUAAAGACAUUACUCUAAGUACCCGAACAUGGAUGGAUAUUAACUUUAAGUUAAGCAGCUAUCAACUAGAUUCGAAUGAAUACGAAUUUCUACUGUUGAUCCUGUUUUUAAGAUCUGGUAAGUGGCAUUAG